GUGCUGGUGGGUGCAGGGGAGAGAGCGAGAGGAACAUUCAUCUAAUAAAAUACGCAGAAAUUAUUGGUCCUCCCCUCUUCGCCUAUCUUUGCCCCCGAAGUCUUCUCAGUUUUGCUCCUCUUUCCUCCUCUACCUCCUCCUUCACCUACGCCACUCGAUCCUGCUUCCAGAACCUUCACUUUGUCCCGUCUCUUCUCCGCCGUCAGAACCCCUAAACAGGAGCAGCGCCUCGGUUCACUUUCUUCGUGACGCGCUGCUGCCGUCUCCCUUUCGCAAUAUCCCUUCUUGGUCUCCCCCCAAAUUCUGGCUGUUGAGGUUGGUCUCUGAAGGGCGGCGAUGGCGUGGAGGCGCCUUCUCACACAGGUCGCAAGACAACAGUGGGAUUUGCCAUGCCUAAGGGGAUAUCAAGUUAAACCUUCACUUAUUGUAUCGAGGUGUCAAGGCUCUGCUAGGACUCCAUUUUUAGGCAUUCAAGAAAGGUUUCAGUCAAGUUAUGUUGGAAAUCUUGCCCGUCGGGUGCGUGAUUCAGAUGGGGCAAAUGAUGUAUCACUACUUAAAGAGCUUUACCGUGCUGAUGCAGAGGGAGUGAUUAGAUUAUUUGAGAGCCAGCCUUCUCUUCAUUCAAAUCAGCUAGCUCUUGCUGAAUAUGUUAAAGCAUUAGUUAAGGUUGAUAGGUUGGACGAAAGUGCAUUGUUAAAGACGUUGCAAAGAGGAAUUUCCAACUCAGCAAGGGAAGAAGAAAGUGUUGCAAGUCUUGCAGCCCUUAGGAAUGUGGGGAAACCUACAAAAGAUGGUAUUCUUGGCACUGCCAACGCUCCUAUCCACAUGGUGACAGCAGAGGGUGGCCAUUUCAAAGACCAGUUGUGGCGGACUUUCAGAACAAUUGCAUUAGCUUUCCUCCUUAUUUCUGGUGUUGGUGCGCUCAUUGAAGAUCGGGGAAUCAGCAAAGGGCUUGGACUGAAUGAAGAGGUGCAGCCAAGUAUGGAAUCUAACACAAAAUUUAAUGAUGUGAAGGGUGUUGAUGAGGCAAAAGCCGAAUUGGAGGAAAUUGUUCAUUACCUUCGAGAUCCCAAGAGGUUCACUAGAUUAGGAGGGAAGCUUCCCAAAGGUGUCUUGCUUGUUGGCCCACCAGGUACCGGAAAGACCAUGCUAGCUAGAGCAAUUGCAGGGGAAGCUGGUGUGCCUUUUUUUUCAUGCAGUGGAAGUGAAUUUGAAGAGAUGUUUGUGGGUGUCGGAGCCCGGAGGGUGAGGGACCUGUUUGCUGCAGCAAAAAAACGCUCUCCCUGCAUUAUCUUCAUUGAUGAGAUUGAUGCAAUAGGAGGAAGUCGUAACCCAAAAGAUCAACAGUACAUGAAGAUGACACUGAAUCAGUUACUUGUUGAAUUGGAUGGUUUCAAACAAAAUGAGGGUAUUAUUGUAAUUGCUGCAACCAACUUUCCAGAGUCUUUGGACAAAGCACUGGUUAGGCCUGGCCGAUUUGAUCGUCAUAUUGUGGUCCCAAAUCCAGAUGUUGAAGGGCGCAGGCAAAUUAUGGAGUCACACAUGUCAAAGGUCUUGAAAUCAGAUGAUGUAGAUCUCAUGAUCAUAGCUAGAGGAACACCUGGAUUUUCUGGAGCAGAUCUAGCAAAUUUGGUGAAUAUUGCUGCCCUAAAAGCUGCAAUGGAUGGUGCCAAAGCUGUCAGUAUGGCUGAUUUGGAGUAUGCGAAGGACAAGAUCAUGAUGGGCAGUGAAAGGAAGUCGGCUGUAAUCUCUGAAGAGUCAAGAAGGCUGACGGCCUUUCAUGAAGGUGGUCAUGCUCUAGUUGCUAUCCAUACUGAUGGCGCCCUUCCUGUGCACAAAGCUACAAUUGUUCCCAGGGGAAUGGCUCUUGGCAUGGUUGCUCAGUUACCAGAAAAAGAUGAGACAAGCAUUUCAAAGAAGCAGAUGCUGGCAAGGUUGGAUGUUUGCAUGGGUGGACGUGUUGCAGAGGAGCUCAUAUUUGGAGAGAGUGAGAUUACAUCUGGUGCUACUUCUGAUCUUCAGCAGGCCACCUCUCUGGCUAGGGCAAUGGUUACUAAGUAUGGAAUGAGCAAGCAAGUGGGGUUGGUUACCCAUGACUAUGACGACAAUGGGAAGAGCAUGAGCACUGAAACUAGGCUGGUAAUUGAAAAGGAAGUGAGGGAAUUUUUGGAUAGGGCUUACAACAAUGCGAAGACUAUAUUGACCACUCACAGUAAGGAGCUCCAUGCACUUGCUAAUGCGCUUCUGGAGCAUGAAACCCUGACAGGUAGCCAGAUAAAGUCUUUGCUGGCCCAAGUCAAUUCCCAGCAGCAGCAACUGCAGCAGGCAGCACCCUUGCAGUCCAACUCCUCGACUGCAGAUGUUCCUCCUUCUGCUACACCUUCUGCAGCAGCAUCUGCAGCAGCAGCAGCAGCAGCUGCCGCAGCUGCUGCAGCUGCUGCAGCUAAGGCUAAGGGUGUCACUCAAGCGGUGGGAUCAUGAAACCCGAGCUCUAAAACUCAGACUCUGGCGAUUUAGCUGUAUAGUAAUUAACUUUUCUAUAGUGUAGAUUUGAUGUUUUGAUAAUAGUCAGCAAACAAUGAUUUAUCAGCACGAGUAACUGCCAUUUAGGCUAUAUCCAUGUAAACACAUUGAGUGAAUGAAUUGUAACAAAUCUGUGGCAGUGGAAUGUCGACUCUUUA